UGUGCAAGUGGAAACUGUGGAAGUCAGACUGAAUUGGAAGUAGGCACAAUAUACAGCACUGGUGCAAGGAACCCAAGCCAUCUGAACUGGUGCCAAGAGGAAGGGAUUGUGACCAGACAGCUCACCAGUGACAAACCUUUUCAACUAAGUGCCAGUAGUUGUUGCUGGGUGACCAUUAACAAUGGUGGCGGUAGUUAUCCCUGGAACCUUCCAGUCAUGGUAGAUCUUGGACGUCGGUCUGACACAAAUGAACCGAAUCAUUCCCCACACACUACCAUCAUAUCAUUUGUCAGAGUUCCACAGAACUGUCCUCGUACCUACAACUUCAUAGGUUGUGACCCAGAUCAUGAUGAUAUCAAAUGCAGAAAUGCUAUCACUCUACCCACUGGCUUCCAUAUUGAUCAGGAUACUUGCAAUUUCCACUACUCUCCUACUGCUUCAACUGGAGUGUACAGGAUCCGGCUUGAGGUAGAGGACUACCCUAAGCAGUACACUACUCUCACCUACCACGAUGGGUCAAGAUCCUACAGAACUCCAUUCCAACCAACCAGCACCGCUUCACCUGUAUCCACCACUGCUCCAUCCACCUCGUCCCCCUUCAGUAGACUUCCACUACAGUUCGCUGUCAAAGUUGAGCCUGCAGUGCCAUCUUGCAGCGCGGGAGUGUACCUGCCCCAGUUCCUCCAUCCAACCCCAGCUGACAGAGAACGGCUGCACACUGCCAUCAACCAGGAGUUGGAAAUCAGGAUUAGAGCCUCAGCCUCCCACUCAGUGAUUCAAGACCUUAUUAUUAGUGGGCCGCUGAACAUCACCAAGACCAAGACCCUCUCUGGGGAGUUUAUUGUGACAUGGACACCGAGAAGUGAUGACGACGGAGAACAUUUCCCCAUCUGUUUCAUUGCUGAGAGCAAAUCUGGCUCCACUCUAUACCAAUCCGAAAUGAGAUGUGUCAUUGUGGAGGUGAAACAUGAACAGGCUACCAUCGGUAACGUGAUUUGUGCAGAGAGCUUUAUGGCCAUUGAAGUGAACAAAUCACAAUCCGAAAAAAUCAACAUUCACGAAGACCACCUAAGACUCAAUGACCCUUCCUGCACCCUCUACUCUAAUGGCACACAUGUCUUCGCCAACAUGUCCCUGAACACCUGUGGGACUGUCAUGGAGGAGGAUGAAACCAAUGUCAUUUUCAAGAACGAGAUUGUGUCUGUUGACAACCCGAAUGACGUCAUAACCAGACACCACCAGGUUGAGAUCCAGUUCUUCUGCAAGUAUCCCAAAAAAGGCAGCGUGAACCUUGAGUUUGAUGCCCACAGAAGCCCUUUUGUAUUCGUUCAAAAGGGAUUUGGCACUUUCAGCUACCAGUUUGAGUUCUUCAAGUCCAGCCAGUUUCGAAAUAUGGAGGACCCUAGUACCUAUCCUCUCGAGUACGACCUUGGAGACAUGAUGUACAUGCAAAUUGAAGCAACAUCCCCAGUCAACAACACUGAGCUCUUUGUGGAGUCUUGCCAGGCCAGUCCCAGUGAUGACCCCAAUUCCCACACCUCCUACUCGAUCAUCAGUAAUGGAUGCAUUCAAGAUGAAACGCUGCAGUUCUUUUCAAAUCAUGGCAAUAUUGUCAAGUUUGGAAUGAAGGCUUUCAAGUUCAUCGGAUUGCAUGAUCAGGUGUUCAUCACGUGUUCGGUCAUCCUGUGUGAGGCUGACAAUUCCAACACCAGGUGUUCCCAGGGCUGCAUGAACACCACAGCUGCACCUGCAGCACACCACCACCACAGGAGAGAGGCUCCCAUCCAGACCAUCAGCCACUUCAUCUCUCAGGGACCCGUGAGGCUCAGCAGGAGCGUCAACCUCAAGGAUGCUGCAAGCACAGUGAACUCCAAUGGUUUGAACAUGAAUCUCGUGUUCAUUGCUGGAUGCCUGCUCCUGGCUAUGGGUAUGUUGUGUGGUGCUCUGAUCUACACGAAACGACCCAAGGCAGCGUAUCAGCCCCUGCCAACUAACGAUUACCAAUGAUGCUGGCUUUAAG